AUGGAUCGCAGGCUGCUCAGAGCCGCACGCGGCGGCCACCGCGAGUGGCUGGAGGCUGUACUUCUGGGGGCCGCUCCGGCGCCAAACCACGUCACCGUCCACGUCGCCGCGGCCGGGGAGCCACAGCCACCCACCGCGGCGGCGCUGCUCCUGGACGUGGCGACGACGCCGCAGGGAGACUCCGCGCUGCACGUCGUGGCGGCCUCCGGCGACAGCGAAGCGUUCCUGAGCUGCGCGCGCACCAUCUACCGCAGCGCCAUGGCCCUCCUGGAUCGCGCCAACGCGAGGGGCGACACGCCGCUGCACUGCGCCGCCAGGGCGGGGAACGCGGCGAUGGUCAGGUGCCUCCUCGACAUGGCGAUGGAGGAGGACGAGGAGCGCGGCGGCGCGAGGUUCAGGGUGGCCGACGUGCUGGAGAAGCAGAACGGCCGGCGUGAGACGGCCCUGCACGACGCCGUCAGGCUCGGCGACGAGCGCCUCGUCGGCCACCUGAUGGCCGUGCAUCCGCGGCUCGCCCGUCUCCCCGGCGGCGACGGGAUGUCGCCGUUGUACCAGGCGAUCUCACUGGGGCACGACCGCAUCGCGGAGCUCCUGCAUCAGCAAGGGGGCGACGAGCUCUCGUAUUCUGGACCGGCCGGCCAAACUGCCCUGCACGCUGCUGUCCUACGCGGCGCAGGAAUACCAGAAGUCUUGGUAAGUGAUUCAGAAGUUCUGGUAUGA